AACUUCCAAACGCAUAACACAUAUUCAAUUAUCCGCUCCAGUUUUAGAAAUUCCCAAAUAUCACAAGUUUCCUCCCUUCACGACCGGUGUAAUUUAUACAUUUGGUCCUUCGAACCGGAUCGGUGAAAGGAAGCAUUACGUGCAGUGAAACUUGCAGCAGGACACUACGUGUUCACAGAUUUGGGAAUAAACGGCACUACGUACCGUUUAUGUACAGUGGUGAUUCAAAGUGUGAUAUUUCUCCGUUUAAACCCGUUGUGUUUUUCAUUUCCUUUGGUUGCCCCGCUAUCACGGGCAAAGGAGACGUUUGUGAAGUGUUCGUGAAGAUUACAUCGUGUCACGAACAAGGAACAGAAAAGCGAGUGUGUAGUUCGAUCGGAACGCGUAAGAAAACCGACGCCACCCACGCCAUUUCAAAUUUGGCACCCAUAACUGCAACGACACCCAUUGCGUUUUCAAAUUUGCGCCAUUCGAAAUUUGGUUUUGCGUACAAGUUGCAUCCAAGUUACAGUGAGAUUAUCCUACGCGCCAAAAAUUCAAAGAGAAAAUGGCGAAACAAUUAAAAGCGUUUCAACUGAAAAAACGCCAAGCUGCCGAGCUAAUUAAAACCGUGGAACAGUUCACCAGUGAAUAUACCGAUGAUAGAGUGAGUGAAGUAUCAGUGUGUCUAGACCAGCUGGAAAGGUAUUACGAAGAUUUUCUCCAGGCAAGCGCGAAAGUUUCGGAGCUAGAUGAGGAUGGGGCGGAAACGUAUGUGGCGGAACGUUGCGAAAUGGACACGCGUUACCGACGCGUGAAGGGUUUCCUUCUACGAAGGCAACCCUCGAACCCGGGUGUGAGUGAUUCGGUGUUGAUCGCGAAUUCAACGAUGAAUACUACGGGACGAUCGAGUGCUGUGAAUGUGCGUCUGCCGAAAAUCGAAUUACCUACGUUUGAUGGUGAUUCUACCAAGUGGCUUACUUUCCGGGACCGAUUUGUAGCUAUGAUUGAUUCUUCCGCGGACAUUCCUAACAUCAUGAAGCUGCAAUAUCUGCUGUCGUCGUUAAAGGGUGAUGCUGGAUUGCUCUUCGAGCAUACCACCUUAACAGCAGAUAAUUACGACGUGACGUGGACUGCCUUGCUGAAGCGAUACGACAACCCGCGUACGCUUGUUCGCGAGUACUACCGGAAGAUUCAUCACCUACCGACAGUGAGCCGUGAAAGGGUGGAUGAAUUGGCGCAGCUCGUGGAUGAAUUCACGCGGCACGUGAACGGGCUGAAGAAACUCGACGAGCCCGUUGAGUACUGGGAUACGCCGCUCGCCAACCUCUUGCUGAUGAAACUGGACACGGCGACCAUCUUGGCUUGGGAAAACCAUUCAGCACAGCACACGAAAGAUAAGUACAAGGAGUUAGUAGAUUUCCUUCAUAGUCGUGUCCGAAUCCUUAAGUCAACGCGUGAGUUUUCCCAUACUGAACUAAAUACGAGAAUGGUGGCCGGUAGCAAAAAAAUAUUCGAACAUAGACCAAGGUUGGUGGGUAACACAGCGACGGCAGGAAGAGCAAUACCGCAUAUGUCAGCGCCACAGCCACCACAACCACCGUGCAUUUUUGGUUGCACGGAGGCUCACCAUUUGCGGGCUUGUCCGGAAUUCGCAAAUAAGGACGUACCCCAACGGCGGGAAAUCGCAACACGAGAACGGCUGUGUUGGAAUUGCCUGAAUCGUCAUCACCAAGUGAGGGAUUGCCGCUCGUCGUACCGGUGCACUACGUGCAAGGCACGACACCAUUCACUACUACAUGUGAAUUCAGCGGUGACCAUGGCUGCGCAAUCCGAUGAGGAAAUGGUUCUUCUGGAAACGGUCCUUCUCCAGCUCGUGGAUGAUCACGGCAACACGUAUGAUGCGCGGGCACUUCUCGAUUCGGGAUCGAUGUGCAAUUUCGUUUCCGAAACCAUGGCGCAGCGAUUGCUAACACCGUUGUCAAAGGUAGACGUUGCCAUAUCUGGUAUAGGGCAACACAUGCAGCACGUCAAGGGUUCCAUUACAGCGGCCGUUCAAUCGAAAGGGGCUGACUUCUCUACAACAAUGGAAUUUCUUGUACUAAAGACUCCGUCGGCAGAUCUUCCAACCACACCGAUAAACGAAGCGGUCACUGGGCGAAGGAAAACCAUGGUUGUUGGAGACACCGUUUGGAUGGGCGAUCUCUGGGAAUACUUCCCGUUGUUCUGGGCCCAAUUUGCGGUUGUGUCACCUGGCAACCAAUGA